AUGAAUCUUGCUCUAAAAUCAAAGAACAAACUUAGGUUUAUUGAUGGUAGUUUAGAUAAACCAGAAAAGCACGAUCCCCUAUUUGAGGUAUGGGACCGAUGUAAUACAUAUGUAGUUGGGUGGAUCAAUCGUUCACUAGAACUUGACAUUGCCAAAAGUGUGAGCUGGAACACCAUAGCACUAGAUCUUUGGGAAGACCUAAAACAUAGGUACUACCAAGGUGACCGCUUCCGAAUUGCUGAGCUACAAGAAGAACUGUAUGCAACUAAGCAGGGAGAAAUGAGUGUGACUGUGUACUUCACAAAAUUGAAGAUGAUAUGGGAAGAUCUGGACAGCUUUAGAGCAAUUCCUUCGUGCGAGUGUAGAAGAAAUUGCAGUUGUGGAUUGGGAGUCAUAAGGGACUUUAGAACUGAAGAUCAGGUUACUCGAUUUCUUAGAGGAUUGAAUGAACAAUAUGCUGGGGUUAGGUUACAAGUCAUGCUUAUGGAUCCACUCCCAAAUAUCAACAUUGUUUUCUCUCUUCUCACACAGCAAGAGAGACAAUUUCAAAGCUUCGAUUUUGUCUCAGAACCAAAAUUGAUAGCUCAGACAAUCACUCAACCUGCCACUCUCUUGAACACUGCAGAGGCCUUUCAAGGUAGAGGGAGAGGGAGGGGCAGAGGAGGCAAAAAUCCAGGCUUUGGAAGAGGACAAGGAGGCAGAGGCAAGAUGCAAUGCUCACAUUGUGGCAAGAUAGGACAUGUUGUUGAUACAUGCUACAAAAAGCAUGGAUUGCCACUACACCUUAAGCAAAGAUAUAACACAGCAUUCACCAACAUAAGUGCAGCUGAAUUUGACUCUGACGGAAGCAAUGAGAAUCUCAAAAACCCUUACAGUGGACAGGAUAGUGAUGUAAUAAGUCUUGAUUUCACACCUGAACAAAAAUCAGCCUUAUUAGAACUUCUCAACAAGGAAGCGUAG